AUGGCUGGAAAGACAUACCUGAUCAUUCUAACAUUUCUACCUGUCGUUCUCCUGGAACAGCCACAAAAUGUUUUUGUGAAUCAUGACAUGGCACACAGCAUUUUGGGGAGGUUCAAGCGUGCAAAUUCAGCUUUUGAAGAAUUUAAGAAGGGAAAUCUGGAAAGAGAGUGUCGUGAGGAAACCUGCAGCUACGAGGAAGCUCGGGAGAUAUUUGAGGAUGAUGUGAAAACUCAAGAAUUCUGGAACAUAUAUCUUGAUGGAGACCAGUGUAAUCCUAAUCCUUGUUUUUAUGGUGGAUCAUGCAAAGAUGGCAUUGGUGGAUUUACUUGUCUCUGUAAUGCAGGCUUUGAGGGCAAAAAAUGUGAAGCUGUUAUCCUAAAAAUGUGCAGCCUAAACAAUGGUGGCUGUGAACAGUAUUGCAAAGUGGAGGGCAGAGAGGUAGUCUGUUCAUGUACCGCUGGCUAUACCCUGGCAGAUGAUGGCAAAUCCUGUGUUUCAAGUGAGAGCUAUCCCUGUGGAAAAAGAGCAGCAAUGUCAAGAUCCAAAAGGUCAGUCUCUGAGGAAGUGGAAAAGGAUGCCUCACAUAAGGCAAACAAUAGCAUGAGUCCUGCUGACUCUGCAACACCAAGCAGCAGUGACCAAAAAGAAGUUGUAUCAACAGCCUCUCCAGAUUAUAAUCUAGACUUCGAUACAUCAGGAAGAAUUGUGGGUGGAAGAGAUUGUAAACUUGGUGAAUGUCCAUGGCAGGCUCUCUUGAUAAGUGAUGAAAAUGAGCCUUUUUGUGGUGGAACGAUCCUGUCCAAUCAGUUUAUCCUCACUGCAGCUCACUGCAUGAAUCAGACCAAAUUCUUCAAAGUUGUUGUUGGAGAGGUAAACACAGUAAAGAAUGACGGCACUGAAUCUACACACAAGGUUGAGAAAAUAAUUGUUCAUCCGAAGUUCGUCAGAGCCACCUAUGAUUUUGAUAUUGCUGUAGUGAAGCUAAAAGAAGCCAUUAACUACACUGAUAAUGUUAUUCCGGCUUGCCUUCCUGAUCCUGACUUUGCAGAUGAAGUACUGAUGAAUGAGAGACAGGCCAUGGUGAGCGGAUUUGGACGUCUUUUUGAGCGAGGGGUUCAAGCUACAAAGCUUCAGAUGCUUAAUGUUCCCUACGUUGACAGACAGACUUGCAAAGAGUCUAGUAAGUUUAAAAUCACAGAAAACAUGUUCUGUGCUGGCUACGACAAGGAGGUAAAAGAUGCUUGCCAGGGAGACAGUGGGGGCCCACACGUCACCCCAUACAAAGACACGUACUUUGUGACUGGGAUCGUUAGCUGGGGAGAGGGCUGUGCACAGCAAGGCAAGUAUGGUGUUUACACCAAAGUAUCCAGAUUACAUAAAUGGCUUAAAGGGGUAAUGAAAAGGCACCAGUAG